GCCGUUUCCAUUCGAAACGGCCCCACGCGGCCGCGAUAGUCCGAGGCCGUGGCUCGUCGGUAUAGGAGGGCAUCGACAAGGCUGACCUUGCACGUGUCCCUUUCAUCUAGCGGAGACGGUGGAGGUGGAGCCGUCGCAAGUUGCGACACCCCGUGAUGGAAGCUACUGCCUCCACUGACGAUGUCGUUGGUGCCUGCAUCAACAAGUCGUGCCGACGAUGGCCGUUUGGCCCAUCACGAUGGCAUCCAAGUACUGUGUGGAUCAUGGAUACGGUACUAGGGCGGCGGGUGGAGCUCGAAAACACACGUGAAUUGGCUUGAUUCCGUGGGGAGGUGACGAUGUGGGGACUACUCGUGUCCAUCGCCGUCCUGGACGGCGUCAUGUCUGGCGAAGUGCGAAACGAACACGGUAUCGGGUGCAAGUGCAUGCGAACCACGACGGGACGAGAAGCGCUGCAUCCGAUGAGCGGAGAUUCCAGCGGCGACAACCUCGUACCCAGCACGAAUCGGCUGCCGUUGUCGCUGGACUGGUGCAAGGACGGCUAUUGCGUUCCAUCCUGGAAUCAGCACAUUCCGUCCUACUGCGGGUCAUGCUACGUGCACGGGGCUUUGGCGAGUGUCCAGGACCGCAUCAAGAUCAUGAACGCGAAGCGGGGAUUCACCGGCCCUGACGUCAUGCUGGGGCGCCAGAGCUUUCUCAACUGCGCUUAUGGCCAUGGGCUUGGGGAAGGAUGUGCCGGGGGCGAGCCCGGCGAUGUCUUUGAGUUCAUGAAACGAUACGGCCUCCCCGACGAGACUUGCCUGCCGUACAACGCGACGGAUUUCACCAAGUACACGUGGACGGCCAACGGGACGUGUCCUCCGGAAGGGUUCUGCAUGAACUGCAUGUACACGACCGAGAGCCCGGCAACGCCAGUCUGCUUUGCCGUGACCAAGGUCGUGCGGUACAAAGUGACCGAGUACGGCUUUAUUCGCGGAGAAGACGCGAUGAUGGCAGAGCUGUUGAACGGACCCAUUACGUGCGGCAUCGCUGCCGCCAUCGACUUUAUGGAGAACUACACAGCGGGCAUUUACAUCGAUCGGUCGAAUGCAGUCGACUUGGACCACGACGUUGAGAUUGUCGGGUGGGGCGUCGCCGACGACGGCACCAAGUUUUGGCACGUGCGCAACUCGUGGGGCUCGUAUUGGGGCGAAAAUGGCUUCUUCCGCAUCGUUCGAGGGGUCAACAACCUGGGCAUCGAAAGCGACUGCGUCUAUGCUGUGCCAGACGUGACGAUGGAAGACAUGGUGUGGAGUGAAACUGCGGUGUACGGGGGGUCGCUCUACGGCCUCCGACCGCUGCAUGGCGGCAAUGACGUGAGGGACUCGACCACCGACGUCACUGUGAAGCUCUCGUCGUCAACGUCGCUCCCGGCAAUGUCGUCCCGACCGCUUCAAGUGCAGUCAAGUUGGACAGCGCUUGCGAUGGCUGGCAUGGUUGCAGCUGCCGUUGGCUUUUUUGCUGGACGUGUGAGUCGACGCCGUUCGUAUCAACGCAUUUAUUGACGAUUAGCUUCCCCGAUCGUCUGCAUGGCAGCGCGGAGCAGCCUUGACUUGAAAAUCCAUCGUGAACGUGUGUGCCCGGUGGACCAAACGUUCACUCGGAUAUGAUGCCGACCAUGGCCACCGAGCUCACGCCCGCAUCGACUAGAGAUCAAAGCAAGCGUUGGUGCAGCACACUAUGCGGAAACGUACCAUAGAUGGUUUGCCCUGUAAUGCCGCUGGACAAAUCGCCGCACAGAAACGCGGUGGUGUUCGCAACUUCUUGCGGCGUGACGUUGCGGCGUAGAGGAGACGUCUCUGAAACGACCUGCCUCAUUUUGGACAUCCCUGGGAUGCCACGGGCAGACAGCGUGUUGAUGGGGCCAGCGCUGACUGCAUUCACGCGGAUUUGGGACUCCCCCAAUUCCACUGCAAGGGCGCGGCAGGCCGCUUCGAGAGCUGCCUUGGCAGGUCCCAUGCAAUUGUAGUUUGGAACUGCUUUCUCCGCACCGAGGUAGGAAAGCGCCACAACACUUCCACCGCUCUGAAUUUUAACGUGCUGGAGUAGAGAGAUCAGCGAGAUGGUGCUGACAUGCACGCAAUGGAGGAAAUCGGCGGUUGGUGUUGCAAGGAAGGGUUGGGUAAGCGCUGCAGGUGAUGCAUACGCCACCGAAUGCACGAGGCAGUCCAGUCGAACUGCUUUCGUGAUCUCGCGCAGGGCCAACAAGUCUUCACAUCUCGUCACGUCGCAUGGAACGUGGAAGAGUGGCGCAGCAGGCAACAACGCCAAGCUAGGUUUCGCACGUUCGUACGAGGCCGGAGCUGAAACGAGGCCAACAUUGCAACCAUUCGACUGCAGCGCCGACGCAAUUGCAAAAGCCAGCGAGUUCUUGUUUGCCAGGCCAACGACCAGCGCCGUUUUGCCCGUCAGCCCCAGCCCACCUCCAAUGCCGCCCAUGACACGUUGUGGUAGUAAGUACAGCACAUACUACUAAUGGAAUCUACAAGC